AUGGCCAUCAGCAGUGCUGCUGGUGGGUCCAAGCCCAUGAAUGCUACGUCCGCCCACAUGGCAACCACCACGCUUGAUGUUCAGGGCAUGACCUGCGGAGCUUGUACCUCUGCGGUUGAAUCUGCUUUUAAAGACGUCGACGGUGCUGGAGCUGUGACUGUCAGCCUUAUAACAAACCGUGCCGUUGUUCACCACGAUCCCUCCAAAUUGGCUCCCGAAGCAGUCGCCGAGAUCAUUGAGGACCGCGGUUUUGACGCCGAAGUCCUGACCACCGAUAUGCCUAAGCCUAAUCUCGCUGUUGCGACGCACGAUCUUCUGGAUCUGGAGAAAGAUGACCCCGCGCAGAUUGUAGAGACAACUAUCCAAGUUGGAGGCAUGACUUGUGGCGCCUGCACAUCCGCCGUCGAGUCGGGUUUCAAAGAUGUGCCAGGAGUUGUCUCGAUGACUGUAUCUUUGAUGACAAACCGAGCGGUCGUUUUGCAUGACCCCGCCACAGUAUCUCCAGAGGCCGUCGCAGAAAUUAUUGAAGAACGAGGUUUCGAUGCCACGAUAAAGGAGACCAAACCUGUUGCGUCCACAGGCGGUGCCGCUCAAAUUACAGCCAACAAAGUCAACUCGGUGACUACUACGGUUUCUAUUCAGGGCAUGACCUGUGGCGCCUGCACAUCAUCAGUUGAGGGUGCUUUUAAAGGUAUCGAAGGCCUGAUACGCUUCAACAUAUCCCUGCUAGCGGAACGAGCAGUUAUUACACACGACCCGUCCAAGCUGAGUGCAGACAAGAUCGUUGCGACAAUAGAGGACGCCGGGUUUGACGCAACAUUAGUGUCCAGCCAAGCCGAAGGUGUGGCGCUCGACAGCGGCUUUGCGUCCAUUCAGCUCAAGAUCUAUGGCAUUAUCGACAGCAGCCACGCGACCGACUUGGAAGAGCAGAUCCGCUCGAAAGACGGAGUAGAAAGCUUUGUCAUCAGCCUGGCAUCUUCAAGAGCCACGGUCACCUACGACCCUUCGAUAACAGGACUACGCUCACUGGUCGAGGCCGUAGAGAACGCGGGGUUCAACGCGCUGCUCGCUGACACCGACGAUACCAACGCACAACUGGAAUCAUUGGCCAAGACUCGCGAGAUACGGGAGUGGAAGCAGGCAUUCACCGUUUGCCUGGCCUCCGCUAUUCCUGUGCUUUGCAUCAGCAUGAUUAUACCGAUGUUUAUACCCAUUCUCGAUUUCGGAUCCGUGGAGCUCAUCCCAGGUCUCUUCCUGGGCGACAUUGUCUGCUGUGCAUUAACUAUACCCGUUCAAUUUGGCGUCGGCAAGCGUUUCUAUAGAUCUGCCUGGAAGAGUUUAGUCCACAAUUCGCCCACCAUGGACGUUCUUGUGGUUUUGGGAACCUCAGCGGCGUUCUUCUUCAGCUGCUUUGCUGUUAUCAUUGCUGUGUUGAUGAAGCCUCAUAACAAGCCUGGAACGGUUUUCGACACGAGCACAAUGCUCUUCACCUUCAUCACCCUAGGUCGCUGGCUUGAAAAUCGUGCAAAGGGCCAAACUUCAAAAGCUUUGUCCAACCUGAUGUCUCUGGCCCCCAGCAUGGCCACCAUUUACGAAGAUCCUCUCUACGCAGAGAAGCUGGCUGAGGACUGGAUAUCUCCCAACUCGCCUGUUCUGAACAGAGCUCCUCCGGCUUUCGACGAGAAACGAGAUGGUGCUCCCACCGCUGCCGCGGUUGAGAAAAACAUUCCCACCGAGCUGAUUGAGGUCGGUGAUAUCGUCAUUCUACGACCAGGCGAUAGAAUACCAGCCGACGGCGUUGUCAUUCAAGGUGAUAGUUAUGUGGACGAAAGCAUGGUGACUGGGGAAGCUAUGCCCCUGCAGAAGAAGAAGGGAGGUCUUCUCAUGGCCGGCACCGUCAAUGGCGCUGGAAAAAUGGACUUCCGAGUGACCAGAGCUGGCAAGGAUACGCAACUGAGUCAGAUCGUCAACCUGGUACAGGCGGCUCAGACAAGUCGGGCGCCUAUCCAGCGCAUGGCUGAUUUGGUUGCCGGUUAUUUCGUCCCAGUCAUCAUCAUACUUGGUUUGGUCACAUUCUCGGCGUGGUUCGUCCUCAGCCACCUCCUAGAGCACCCUCCCGAUAUCUUCGUCCAGGCUCAAAGCGGUGGCAAGUUCAUGGUUUGCCUCAAGCUCUGCAUUUCCGUCAUUGUUUUUGCAUGCCCAUGCGCGUUGGGCCUAGCAACUCCGACCGCAGUCAUGGUGGGAACCGGCACUGCUUCUCAACAGGGUAUUCUUGUCAAAGGAGGUGCUGCUCUCGAGAUGGCUACGUCUAUUACGCACAUUGUUUUCGACAAGACUGGCACCCUCACCUUUGGUAAGCUGAACGUCGCCAAGGUUCAAACAGUCUCCCAAUGGAGUUCUGAUAAUGGCCGAAAGCUGUGGUGGGCUUUAGUUGGGCUCGCUGAAUCUGGCUCUGAACAUCCCAUUGGGAGGUCUAUCUUGGCUCGAGCCCGUGAAGAGUUGUCCAUCGGCCCCGAGGACCCUCUGCCUGGUCAGCUGGGAGAUUUUGAAGUCAAGGUCGGCCAAGGCCUCUCUGCCAUUAUUGCAACCGGUCAGAGCGGCGAGCGAUAUCAGGUACUAGUGGGCAACGAAAAGUACAUGGGUCGAAACAGUGUUCCCUUGCCUGAGGCUGAGCCGAGUCGUCAAAAGCUCAAAGGUGCAGCUGGAACCACCAACAUAUACGUUGCUAUUGAUGGCAAGUAUGCUGGCCAACUCGCACUUUCCGAUACCCUCAAACCAACCUCCGCUGCGGCUGUUGCAGCUCUGCAUAAGAUGGGUAUCAGCACAUCACUAGUGACUGGAGACACCUACGAUACCGCUGUAGGCAUCGCUCAACUGGUUGGAAUCCCUACAAAUUCCAUAAAGGCUUCGGUGUCUCCCGGUGAGAAGCAGCAAAUCAUCGCAGACCUUCAAGCUCAAGGCGAGGUCGUAGCAAUGGUUGGUGACGGUAUCAACGAUUCACCUGCUCUCGCAACUGCCAACAUUGGAGUCGGGCUUGUCAGUGGUAGCGAUAUUGCUGUCGAGGCCGCAGAUGUUGUCAUUAUGCGUUCAGACGACAUGUUGAACAUCCCAGCCUCAUUCUGGAUAUGCCGUACCAUCUUCCGACGUAUCAAGUACAACCUCUUGUGGGCAUGUGCAUACAACGUUAUCGGUCUGCCGUUUGCCAUGGGCAUCUUCUUACCAUUCGGCCUGCAUAUGCCUCCUUUACUCUCGGCAACUGCCAUGAUGUUCUCGUCGAUCUCCGUGACGUUAUCAAGCCUAGCACUUCGCUGGGCGAAGAGACCCAAGUGGAUGACAGCCGAAGCAUUGGAAAUGGAAGCGAGCACGAUCAAUGUACCAGUCGUUGGGGCGGAGCGAAAAGUUGGGAGCCUCGAAGCGGUUCAGAACAGGAUAUCAAGAUUCGUCACCGGGAGAAGAGGAGCUGACUCGCGCGACAGAGGUUCUUAUGUGCCCUUACAAGCGUCCGAUGCUGUUUAG